AUGACCACACUAUUCGUCGUCUUGUCCUUUGCCGUUUCCACGGUCCUGGCUCAGACCUCUUUCAUCUGUCCCGAAAAUAAUGGCCUUUUCCCCGAUCCGGAGCAGUGUGAUCUGUACUACGUCUGCGUGGAUAAUAUCGCCACAGAGGAGCUCUGUCCCGACGGCGAGGUCUUUGACGUCGAGGACGUGAACAAUAGCAAAUGCAAGUUGCCUUACGAUGUGGAUUGCGGCAACCGGCUCUUUGUUCAACCGCCCAGCGAGGACCGCGAUCCCAAAUGCACCCGUGCCAAUGGAAUCUUCGACCAUCUGGACCCCGAAGUCUGUGACAAGUUCUACCUCUGCGACAAAGGAACCGCCCACGAGAUGAGUUGCGUCGAGACUUUGGUGUUUGACAACGUCAUCGGGACCUGCGUCCGACCCACUGAGCUCUCCCCUGAGGCCAAGGUUUGCGUACAAGAAGCCCCCGAGGCCAAGACCAUCGAUGGAUUCAGUUGUCCUGCCACCAUCGAGUUGGGCCCCACCGGCUUGAACCAAGCUCAUCCCUUGUUCCCUCACCCCACGGAUUGUCGGGCUUAUUUCAGUUGCUUCUUCGGAACCGACUUGGUGAAGCGAGGAUGCCCUGAAGGCCAGGUCUUUGACACCAUCACCUUGACAUGCAAAGGGUCAGAGGAUGUCCCCGAAUGUGCGUGUUGGUACGGAUGUAACGAGGAUUCCAAGUGUCCCGAAUCUUGCAAUGCUGACUGCUCAUGCCCUACCAAGUAAUUUAAUGUUAUGUAUCACGAAUCUCACAUGUUAACUGGUUUAAAUGUGCGUGUAACUCCAACUUCGCUUAAAAUAAACAGAAGUUUCGAAUCUUA